GCCGUCCUCCCCAUUCCGCUCCACGCUCCUCCGAGUGGGCGCCGACUCCGUCCAAAAAGAGGAGCGUCCGCCAGCGGGAGGGCGAGAGAGAGAUAAAAGACCAAAAAAAUUGAGCAGCGAGCAGCUCAGGCGCCGCUGCCUCUUCGAAAUCCCCCCUCCCCCAGAUUUCCCCCCGAAUCCGCUCCCCCGAUCUCGCGCCCCUGUCGCCCGUGAUGGACGCGGCGGUGGCGGUGCCCGCGCGCGCGGCGCGGCCCACGAGCCCGUCGCGGCCGCCCAAGACGAUCCGUAGCACCAAGCCGCGGGGGCUCGACGAGGACACCGCGGCGCCGCCGGCGUUCCCCAAGGGCAAGGCCUCCUCCUCCUCCGCCGCCGCCGCGCCCGCGGCCGCGCUCCUCCUCCACCACCACCACGCGGACGUGCCGAUGGACGCCAGCGUCUGGGCGGGGCUCCCCGACGACCUGCUCCUCGAGGUGCUCGCCCGCGUGCCGCCCUUCCUCCUCUUCCGCCUCCGCCCCGUCUCCCGCCGCUGGGAGGCCAUCCUCCGCGACCCGGCCUUCCUCGCCGCGCACGCCGCGGUGCCCUCCCACGGGCCCUGCCUCCUCACCUUCUCCAGGGGUGGCGGCGGCGGCGCCCACUCCCCGCCGCACUGCAGCGUGCUCAGCAUCCCCCUGCACGCCCGCUACAAGCUCCCCUUCGGCUUCCUCCCGCCCUGGGACCUCUGGCUCGUCGGAUCCUCGGGAGGGCUCGUCUGCUUCUCCGGCUUCGACGGCACCACUUUCCGCACCGUCGUCUGCAACCCGCUCACGCAGGCCUGGCGGCUGCUCCCGGACAUGCAUUACAACCAGCAGCGGCAGCUGGUGCUCACGGUUGACAAGAGCCGCCGCUCGUUCAAGGUAAUCGCCGCUAGUGAUGUGUAUGGGGACAAGGCGCUCCCCACUGAGGUCUAUGACUCCAAUGAGAAUAAAUGGUCGGUGCACCAGAUGAUGCCCGCGGCGAAUCUGUGCUCAUCGAAAAUGGCAUUCUGUGACUCCAGAUUGUACCUGGAGACGCUCUCGCCGCUGGGGCUGAUGAUGUAUAGAGUGGAUGCAGGGCGUUGGGAGCAUAUACCUGCCAAGUUCCCACGUUCCCUGCUGGAUGGUUAUCUUGUGGCUGGAGCUCGCACAAGGUUGUUCUUAGUUGGGCGAAUUGGGCUGUACAGCACCCUGCAGAGUAUGAGGAUCUGGGAGCUGGAUCAUGGCAGAACAGUUUGGGUGGAGAUUAGCAGAAUGCCGCCUAGGUACUUCAGGGCUCUGCUGAGGUUGUCGGCUGAGAGGUUCGAGUGCUUUGGGCAGGACAAUUUGAUCUGUUUCACAUCGUGGAACCAGGGCAAAGGUCUUCUGUAUGAUGUUGAUAAGAAGUCUUGGUCAUGGAUUGCUGGUUGUGCUAGCCAGCUCUGCAAUAGCCAGGUCUGCUUUUACGAGCCAAGGUUUGAUACAUCAAUCUAUUGAGUCUUGCAAUAUGAACUGCAUUGUGAUGAGUUUGAGAUCAAAUGCUUCUGGGGUUCAACAUCAAGAUGCCUGUGUGACGUCCUAUUGAAUCAUGGAUGUCAGAUGUUUUGAAGUGCUGAGAUGAAAAAUACUUCCUCGAGACACUACAAGUAGUGGGCUUGAGCAACCGAUCAUUGCAAAUCAUGCUGCUGAAGACUCUUUACUACAGCAGUUAUACCAUCUGUCAGUUCUGGAUUACAGCAUACAUGAUGUUGCCAUUUGGCCACAAAUGGAGGUCCGCUUGUUCCAUUCCCAUUUUGUUAGUCUGUUAGCAAUGAGUUUCUUGUAAAUGAUUCCGUACCUGAAAUGAAAAAAGACAUGCAAUUCUUUGCUAGUAGUUGGUACAAUUUCAAUGGAUAGUGGGGAAUUGACUUAAUCUAGAGUUCAGUUGGAUCUGAGAUUCUGAGAUGAGGUUUCUCCACUCUAUUGAUUUAUGCAUUGUUUCUUAUGGUACCCAUAUGCUGUCAUUCUAAUAACAUCAAAUUGUAUUUGUUUUCUUAGUCGUCCAAGACGCUAAUUUUACCCCUGUUGUGAGAUUACAUCUGUUCAA